AUGAGGUCAAAUGCACUGCCCCAGGCCAGCCAGCUUCAUUGGGUAAUUAAGGUGCAGGUGGAUAGUGUGUUGGUCAUGCUCAGAAUGAAAGCGUACUGCCUUGCCAGUAUGAACCUGCAAGGUAUAAUCGACGGCCCACAUGUCCGGGACGCCACCGUGGGGUCUCAUAUCCCCACCCCGCCGCCUCACGCCACCGGAAGAGCCACAGCCUCGGGAAACGCGUCACAUGAUGUGGCAUUUCGGGUGGUGGAGAGCAAAGCGCGGACGCUUCCCAUCAGAAACCACGCCACCUGCUGGACGACAGCUUCCUGGAGUCUCAGAGUCCAGCGAGAAACAACUCCGCACAGCUCUUCUGUGUCCAACGGCAUCUCUAUAGGCAGCAGUCAGAGCUCGUUCUGUGAGGAUCUUUCUCCGGGGGUCGAGAGGGGCCGCAUGUACGCCACUCUGGGCCCUAACUGGAGGGUCCCUCUCCGCAGCUCCCCCAGAGGCCGCAGCCAUGCCCACAGUCCUUCGGUAGCAGAGUCCAGCCUGGCUCAUGGAGAGUCCGGUGGAGUCGUGAUGGAGGGGCCACUGAAGAGGAAGACCCUACUGAAGGAGGGAAGGAAACCCAAGCUGGCCUCCUGGACGCGGUACUGGAUCACACUGUGUGGUUCCACUCUCUUAUUCUACGGAUCCAAAGCUCUGCGAGCCGCAGAACGGAAACAUUACAAGUCUUCACCGUAA